CCCCGCUGACCCCGCCCCUCCCGCUGACCCCGCCCCUCCCCUCUAACCCCGCCCCUUUAUGGGCGUGGCCUGCGAUGAAGUGGGCGUGUCCACCUUGGCCCCGCCCUCCCUUGGCCCCGCCCCCUUUGCUGGCGGCCAUGGCGGCGCUCGGAGCGCCCUCAGCGCUGGGGGCGCCCCCGGCCCGCGGCUCCCCCCCCGCGGGUCCCCCCUCGGCCGCUCUGCUGCUCUCGUGUUCGGGGCUCGUGGCCUUCGUCCUCCUCCUCCUCACCUGCCUCUGCUGCAAACGUGGUGACCUCGGCUUCAAGGAGCUGGAGAGCCCCGAGGGGGACGAGGAUUCCGGGGAAUUUUCGGCGCCUCCGGAGGAAUUUUCCUCCUCCUCCUCCUCCUCCUGCUGCGCCCCCCCCGGGGUGUUCGUGGUGCCCCUGGAGCCCCCCCCGGCCGCCCCGGGGCCGCCCCAGCUCAGCUUCCUGCAGGAAAUCGGCACCGCCUGGUUCGGCAAGGUGAUUUUGGGGGAGCUGCGGGGGGGCCCCGGCCCGGCCCCGGUGGUGCUGAAGGAGCUUCGGGCGGGGGCCGAGACCCCCGAGCGGAGACGGUUCCUGGCCGAGGCCGAGCCCUACAGGAGGCUGCGGCACCCGAACCUGCUGCGCUGCCUCGGGGGGUGUCGGGAGCGCCCCCAACUGCUCGUCUGGGAGUUCUGCCAACUGGGGGACCUGAAGCGUUACCUGCGGGCUCAGCGCGGCACCGGAGCCCCCCGAGAUUUGGGGACGCUGCAGCGCUUCGCUCUGGAGGUGACGCGGGGACUGCGGCACCUGCACCGCCACGGCUUCGUCCACAGCGACCUGGCGCUCCGGAACGUUCUGCUGAGCUCGGAGCUGACGGCGCGAAUCGGCGACUACGGCCUCGGGCCCGCCCUCUACCGCGAGGAUUACUUCACGGGCUCCGGGCGCGCUGCGCCGCUGCCGCUGCGUUGGAUGGCGCCGGAGCUGCUGAGCCGCGGAACGACGGAAACGACGGAAAAAACGGGAAAAACGGAAAAAACGGAAAAAACGGAAAAAACGGGAAAAACUGAAAAAACGGAAAAAACGGAAAAAACGGAAAAAACGGAAGAAACGGGAACGUUGGAGGGGUCGGAGGGGUCGGAGGUGUUGGAGGUGGCGCCGCACAGCCCCGAGAGCAACGUCUGGGCCCUGGGGGUGACCCUCUGGGAGCUCCUGGAGUGGGGGUCUCGGCCCCUCCCCCACCUCUCGGACCUUCAGCUCCUCGGGCGCCUCCGGAGCCGCCGACCCCCAGAACUGCCCCGACCCCGAGUGGCACUGCCACCCCCAUGGUUCGACCUCCUCCGCUCCUGCCGGCUGCCGCCAUCCCAACGCCCGACGCUGGAGCAGCUCCACCGACGCCUUUCGGCGCUUUUGGCGCAUCCCCGAACGUCCCCAAACCCGUCACCGUCACCGUCGUCACCGUCACCGUCACCGGCGUCGCCGUUCCCGCUGCUGGACGCGCUGCCGGACAACGAGGACGUCCUGACGGUCACCCAAGACCCGCGCGGCGGCGCUUUGGCGUUGGAGUGUUGGUGGCGGCGCGGUCGGCGGCGCGGCGACGAUGCCGGAACGGCCACCGGAGCGGUGCCGGUGUUGGGGGCGCGGAGCCCGUCGGGGACGUCGGAGUUUUACGUCAGGUUGGAGGAGAACGAGGAGAUGGUGGAAGAGUCGGCGCGGUGGGGGAUGGGACAUGGUGGUGGUGACAAUGAGGGUUUGUCACCGGCGCGGUGUCGGGGACGGGCGGGGCGGGAGGGGGGGGUGGGUCAAGAUCGGACAUUGACCCAAGACCGGUCAUUGUUGACCCAAGAACAGACAUUGACCCAAGAUUGGUCAUCAUUGACCCAAGAUCGGUCAUUGUUGGGUCAAGACCGGUCAUCGUUGGGUCAAGACCGGUCAUCGUUGGGUCAAGAGUGGACAUUGUUGGGUCAAGAAAGGUCAUCAUUGGGUCAAGACCGGUCAUCGUUAGGUGAAGAUCGGUCAUUGUUGGGUCAAGACAGGUCAUUGUUGGGUCAAGAUCAGACAUUGACCCAAGACCGGACGUUGUUGGGUCAAGAUCGGUCAUUGUUGGGUCAAGACCGGACAUUGUUUGGUCAAGAAAGGUCAACGGCCCGAGGGACGUCACCGUUGUCCCUUGAGAUGACCCCAAGGGGACAAAGCCGGACACUGACCCAAGACCGGUCAGUGUUGACCCAAGACCGGACAUUGACCCAAGACCGGUCAUCGUUGGGUCAAGAUAGGACAUUGGCCCAAGAUCGGACAUUGACCCAAGACCGGACACUGUUGGGUGAAGAUUGGUCAUUGUUGGGUCAAGACCGGUCAUCGUUGGGUCAAGAUCGGUCAUUAUUGACCCAAGACCGGACAUUGACCCAAGAUCGGUCAUCGUUGGGUCAAGAUCAGACAUUGACCCAGGACCGGUCAUUGUUGACCCAAGAUCGGACAUUGACGCAAGAUAGGUCAGUGUUGGGUCAGGAUCGGUCAUCAUUGGGUCAAGACCGGUCAUUGUUUACCCAAGAUCGGACAUUGGCCCAAGAUCGGUCAUUGUUGGGUCAAGACCGGACAGUGACCCAAGACCGUUCAUUAUUGACCCAAGACCGGUCAUCGUUGGGUCAGGAUUGGUCACUGACCGAGGACCGGUCAUCGUUGGGUCAAGAUCGGUCAUUGGCCCAAAAUCGGUCAUCGUUGGCCCAAGGCCGGUCAUUAUUGGCCCAAGAUUGGUCACCAUUGGGUCAAGAUCGGUCAUCGUUGGGUCAAGAAAGGUCAACGUCCCAAGGGACGUCACCGUUGUCAUUUGAGAUGACCCCAAGGGGACAAAGCCGGACACUGGCCCAAGAUCGGUCAUCGUUGGGUCAAGAUCGGUCAUUGGCCCAAGAUCGGUCAUCGUUGGGUCAAGACCGGUCAUCAACCCAAGACCGGUCAUUGUUGGGUGAAGAUCGGUCAUCGUUGGGUCAAGAUCAGACAUUGUUGGGUCAAGAAAGGUCAUUGUUGACCCAAGACCGGACAUUGACCCAAGACCGGUCAUCGUUGGGUCAAGAUCGGUCAUUGUCACCUUUGUCACCCGAGGUGGCACCUUGGGGACAAAACCGGACAUUGUUGGGUCAAGAUUGGUCAACGACCGAAGGGACGUCACCGUUGUCCCUUGAGAUGACCCCAAGGGGACAAAGCCGGACACUGACCCAGGAGCCGCCCCCGGUGCCCCCCAGGACGUCCCCAGUGUCCCCAAUGUCCCCAAGUGCCACCCAGGUGUCCCCAAGUGCCACCCAGGUGUCCCCAGGUGUGUCCCACCUGUCCCCAGCUGUCCCCCAGGUGUCCCCAGGUGUGUCUCAGGUGUCUCAGGAGCGGCUCCAGCGCUCCCUCACCGAGGGCGUUUCCCGCCACAUUUUGCCCCGCCCACCAGGGGGCGGAGCUUGUGUCGAAACUGGGGGCGUGGCUUCGACAGUGGGCGGGGCUUGUGUCAAAACUGGGGGCGUGGCUUCGACAGUGGGCGUGGUUUCUGCUGUGGGCGGGGCUUCCACAGUGGGCGUGGCUUGUUCCGGGGAAGGGGGCGUGGUUUCCGCGGUGGGAGGGGGCGUGGCUUCCGCAGUGGGCGUGGCUUGUUCCGGGGAAGGGGGCGUGGUUUCCGCAGUGGGCGUGGCUUCAGGAGGAGGAGGAGGAGGAGGAGGAAGAUCAGGAGACCCCCCCGGACCCUCCCCCACCCCCCGCGGCAGCAGCGCCGAGAUCAGAGCCAAGGCCUCCCGCCUCUCUCUGCCGCUCCCUCCUCUGACCCUUCGGCCUCUCCCGCCUCGCUGGGGCUCGGCCGAUCCCUCCGGGGCGGCCCCGGACGAGGCGGACGAGGCCGAGGAGGCCGCGGGGGAGGCGGCGGAGGCCGCGGGGGCCGCUCCGCUCCGGGUCCCGCUCGUUGUUUCCUCCUGGACCGCGCGGGGCCUCCGCGGCCUCCUGAAACCGCCGCGCCGCCCGCCGGAAGCGGCACUGAGCGCCGACCGGAAGCGCAAAGCGGUGUCCUUCUUCGAUGACGUCACGGUCCACCUCUUCGAUCAGGAGACGCCGACCAACGAGUUGAGCGGCCAGAGCGGCCCCGAGGGGAGAGCGCCCUCUGGCGGCCUGGCCGCCGUGGAGAACUGAGCCCCGCCCCCUCCUCAGGCCCCGCCCCCUUUUUGGGCCCCGCCCCCUCAUCAGGCCCCGCCCCCAUUCGGGCCCCGCCCCCUCCUCAGGCCCCGCCCCCUCGGCCUGGGGGUGGGGGAGGGGCAAUAAAGAAUUCCAGGGAUGCUG